UUUUGGUGUUGAACUGAGUUUGCACCUGUAAUUUGAACACUUGGCUUAAUCAAAACCUAAUAAUCUCCCCUGGAUCAAACCCUUAAUUCUCUGUCUAAUAUUCCUAUAAAUAGAACUACACCUCAGCUCCCAUUCUGCCAACUUCAACACUAGCUAUACCAUCACUGAAGCCAAAGAAAAAAGCUCUAUAGAUGGAGGCUUUUAGCCACAUUAUUUUUGCCAAUCAUCGUUCAAGUUCUUUACUCUUAGGCCUUUUCCUACUCAUUGCUUCUGCGUUGUCCUUAGCCAAUGCGGACAAGACUCAUUACCAUGAUUUUGUUAUUCAAGCAACACCAGUGAAGAGGCUGUGCAAGACCCACAAUGCCAUCACUGUAAAUGGGAUGUUCCCUGGACCAACACUUGAAGUUAAUAAUGGAGACACUCUAGUUGUCUCUGUUGUCAAUAAAGCUCAAUACAAUGUCACCAUCCAUUGGCAUGGUAUAAGGCAAAUGAGGACUGGAUGGGCAGAUGGGCCAGAAUUUGUUACACAGUGCCCAAUUAGGCCCGGAGGGAAAUACACCUACAGGUUUACUAUUCAGGGACAAGAGGGGACACUUUGGUGGCAUGCUCAUAGCUCUUGGCUUCGAGCUACUGUUUAUGGAGCUCUAAUCAUCCAUCCAAAAGAAGGAUCUUCAUACCCAUUCACUAAGCCAAAUCGUGAAAACCCAAUUAUUCUCGGUGAAUGGUGGAAUGCAAAUCCCAUUGAUGUUAUGAGGGAGGCAGCUAGAACAGGAGGAGCACCAAAUGUUUCUGAUGCUUAUACCAUUAAUGGUCAACCUGGUGAUCUUUACAACUGCUCCAGCCAAGAUACUGUAAUUGUCCCUAUAGACUCUGGCAACACCAACCUUCUCCGAAUCAUCAAUGCUGCGAUGCACCAGCCUCUUUUCUUCACUGUAGCCAACCACAAGCUUACAGUUGUUGGUGCUGAUGCCUCCUACUUAAAACCCUUCACCACCACAGUCCUAAUGCUAGGACCCGGCCAAACCAUUGAUGUUUUGAUCUCCGGCAACCAACCAUCUGCUCGGUACUACAUGGCUGCACGUGCAUACCAAAGUGCACAAAAUGUACCAUUUGACAAUACUACAACUAUUGCCAUUCUUGAAUACAGGUCUGCACCCUGUGCUGCCAAAAAUUGUUCAUCGAGCAGACCCAUUAUGCCUCCAUUACCUGCAUAUAAUGACACAGCAACUGUUACUGCUUUCAGUAAUAGCUUCAGGAGUCGUAAUAAAGUCUCAGUUCCAACUGACAUUGAUGAAAAUUUAUUCUUCGCUGUUGGUUUAGGACUCAACAGUUGUCCACCCAAUUUUAAUAAGUCUAGCCAGUGUCAAGGGCCCAAUGGAACUCGCUUCACAGCAAGCAUGAACAAUGUAUCCUUUCAAGUCCCAUCCAAUUUCUCUUUGUUGCAAGCUUAUCAAUUAGGAGUUCCAGGAGUUUUCACCACUGAUUUCCCUGCUAGCCCACCUGUAAAAUUUGAUUACACUGGUAAUGUGAGCCGCUCUCUCUGGCAACCAGUUAAAGGAACUAAGGUGUACAAAUUGAAGUAUGGUUCGAGGGUUCAGCUGGUGAUACAAGGCACAAGUAUUUUCACUUCAGAAAAUCACCCAAUUCACCUUCAUGGAUAUGAUUUCUAUAUCAUUGCACAAGGGUUUGGAAAUUUUAACCCCCAGAACGAUACAUCUAAAUUUAACCUUGUUGAUCCACCUCUUAGAAACACAGUUGCAGUACCUGUGAAUGGAUGGGCAGUCAUCAGAUUCGUAGCUGAUAAUCCAGGUGUCUGGCUAUUGCACUGUCACUUGGAUGUUCACACCUCCUGGGGGCUAGCCAUGGCUUUCUUGGUAGAGAAUGGAGUUGGAAAAUUGCAGUCUAUAGAGCCUCCUCCAGAAGAUCUGCCUCCAUGUUAAUAUCAAUCAUAAAAAUGCUAUCCAUUACUGUUAUUAUUAUUAUUAUUAAAUGAAAUAAAUUAGCCCUGCAAAUAAGGAUUGUAAUUUAAGUAUGUGAGUUCA